AUGCUCACGCCGUACGCUCAGAAGCCCAAUUCAGUCUCUAAACCCGCCUCAGGCAAAACAUCGCCCAGUACGCGUUCAGCGCUGCGACAAAUGUCGCCGAACCGGCGGCAUACAGUUGGGCCUUCAACGGCUGAGCAAGUGGAUAAUGAUACCACUGACGCGAGUGCGUUGAUUUUCUCUCUGACACGCCACUUACGCCAGGAUUCAUGGCAGGAACAGGGAGAAUUCCUAAUGAAGACGAGACGAAUACGAGUGAGCUGUGAGAAAUGCAAGACAAGAAAAGAAUCCGGGGGCCUAUUGGACGGACUACAUAAAAAUCAGGCCCAUCUACACCGACGUCAUAUUACUAGACUCCAAGAAAAUGAUACUCCUCAAUGA